GGCCACAGGGAGCACGGAGCCGCAGUCACACAAGGGUUGGGAGGUGUACACAGUGAACAGAACACAAUGAUGAGGGUCAGCCAGCAAACUCUGAUAACAUGUCUGCUCUUGUGCAUUGCACAAACAUCAUCUUCAUCAACUCCCUCAACAACAGAUCUCCCUCAAACAACUACACAGAACUCCAUGACCACCAUCAGCUCCCAGCCUACAACUGUGAAAUCAACUACUCCACCUGCUAUCAGCAAUGUGAAUCCCACCGAUACAACUCCUUCCACCAACGAUACAGCUACAGCAACAACUGCUUAUGUCACCAGUGUCAAUUCCACCAGUGCAGCUCCGUCCACCAAUCAUACGGCUGCAGUGACAACUGCUUAUGUCACCAGUGUCAAUUCCACCAGUGCAGCUCCGUCCACCAAUCAUACGGCAGCAGUGACAACUGCUAAUGUUACCAGUGUCAAUUCCACCAGCGCAGCUCCGUCCACCAAUCACACGGCUGCCACCCCAACUUCAGCUACCACUGAGAAAAACAACACUCCAGACACGACAACUUCUGUAACACAAACCUCUACCAUGUCCGCUUCAGGAGGACACGAGUCCCAUGCUCUGAGCUCAGGAAGUAUUGCAGUCAUUAUGUGUGCGUUCAUCGUUAUCGUCCUCCUAGUGUUUGUUGGGCUGUACUACUACAGGAUCCGACACAGAUCCUACGGCCCUCUCCUGGAGAACAAUGAACGCACCAAUUUUGGAAACUUCGCCAACCCAAUGUAUGACCCUUGAAUCUUAACUCUAGACCUCCGGCUUGGGAAGAGACCCUCCAAAACCAAAGUUUGGGGAGAGGAGGUGGUCCUCCGAUCAGAUUCUGAACAUAGUGUGUCAAUAGUGAUCAUGCGAUUGAAAAAUACAAAACAAAUGUGACAAAUGGGACUUUGUUCAAGUAUCCUCAUUUUUUGUAGUUAACAGAGAAGGACACAAAGUUGCAGUUUUUACUCAGGUAACUUUUUAAAUUGCUUUGGCUGCAAAGAUACAGCACAGAAUUAUAGGACCAAAAGUGAAAGGUGAAAUCACAGAGUGUUCAUCAGGGUUAUCAUGUAUCUCACAGCAUAUUUGUAAAAAGGAAAAAGGUGUGGAUUAAAAAAA